AUGGUAGCCCGAACAGACGGUAUAGGCCAGUUUGUUGUUGAAGGAAAUUUUGAGCUUGAUCCGGCGAUUACUACUGGAGAGAAUGACAAGCUCAUGAGCCAAGGUCAGUUUGAGGCCGAUAAAGCAAUCCAUGCUGUAUCUCCCUCAUUCGGUCCCAAGCCGCAUGCCUGGGGUAGGUACCGAGAGGCCGAAAUACCUACGUAUUUCCUUCUGGCCGACUUUCGUGAGAUUGGUCAGCAACCGCCAGAUGCUAUACGGUUCACGUCACAGCUUGCAGAAUUUCACAAGAGGUCCGUUUCACCCACGGGAAAAUUCGGGUUCCACAUCACCACAUGCCAUGGCAAAGCUGCACAGCUGACGAAUCUGUGGGAUGAAUCUUGGGAAUCACUGUUUCGAAAGCAACUGGCCCACACGUGGGAGGCGGACAAGCAGAAACAUCCUGACUGGCAGGAUUUUGAGUUCUACAAGAAGCUCAUUCUAGACAAAUGUGUUGGCCGACUCCUACGGCCCCUGCAGAGCCAAGGUAGAAAUAUCAAACCAUGUCUCGUACACGGAAACAUCUGGGAUCAGAAUACCGCGACAGACAUGGAGACGGGCGAGCCAUUUGUCUUCGAUGGAAGUGCGUUCUUUGCCCAUAAUGAAUAUGAGCUUGGGAACUGGAGGUCUCCCAGACAUCGCCUUGGGAGCAAGACAUACAUCCGAAACUACAAGCGGGCUUUUCCCGCUAGUGAGCCAGAGGACGAAUGGGACUUACGAAACCUUCUUUACUCCCUGCGUUUCAAUACCUGCGCUGCUACUUUAAUCCCUGGGAGUAAUUAUCGUGAGCAGUAUGUCCGACACUCUCUCCAAGGUCUCGUUUCCUUGCUAAUGCGUGAGGCUUCAAGCGUCUUCGAAGAUUGUGUGGAGCUUUGUUCGAAACUAUGCCCGGAUGACGUAGCCGCUUUCAAAUCUCGCUCACAUGGAGAUGACGCUGACUCUGCCGAAGAGGAGCUAGAGGAGCUGGAGGAGGAGGAGGAGGAAGCAGAUGGAGGACAUAACAAUAUCUCGGAGGAAGAUGAGGAGAACGAAGACAUGGGAGGAUACGGAGAUGUAAGUGAUUAA